GGCUGCGGGGCGGGGGCGGCGGGCGGCCCGCGCUGCUUUGCGCUCGUUGACGCCGCGCAGCGGGAAGAUGGUGGGUACCCGCACCAGGUAGGACUUGCGGCCGCCCUGGAAGUGCUCGCUGCAGACCCGGUGCCCGGUGGUGGGCUGGAAGGUGCUGAAGCAGCCGCUGACGCCCGCCCGGGAGACGUUCUUCAGCCAGAGGCGCCUGAGCUCCUCGUCCUUGGGGAAGGUGUAGAAGUGCAGCGCCUUGUCGCGGUGCGAGUUGUUGUAGCAGCCCGGCACGCAGCACGUGAAGCCCGGCAUGGCGGGGGUCCCUCGGGGCGCGGGCGCGGGGCCCCCCCGGCGGACUACAGCUCCCACAAGGCAACCGCGGCCUCUCGCCGCCCGCCGACACCGCCCGCACGGGCCGCACCGGAACUACGCGGCCCACAAUGCACCGCGGGCAGCGGGGGGCACAGCGACGCCUCAGCGCCGCGCCGGAACUACGCGCCCCACACUGCGCUGCGCUGCUAAACUACCGCUCCCGGCGUGCCGCGCGGCUGCGCGACAUCCCGUCGGGCGCCGCGAGAUCUCGCGAGAUUCUGCAGUGCGCGCGCGGUAUUCGACGCGACGGUUAUUGAAGGGCUCCGCCAUGGCCGGCAGGGCCGGGAGCCGAGCGGGAACCGGGGCCUUCCGCACACCGAGCGGAGCCGUCAGGGCGUCACCGAGACACCGGGCUCGGCGUGGAUCUGGCUCAAUGAAGGAGAACAAGGCUGGCAGCAGCACCUUACCCAGGUACAGACCCGGUGCAUUCACUGAGCUGGACAAUGCCACGCCGCGCCUCAUGCUGCGCAGGAUCAUCCAGAACCAACCACAAGUGUCACCUCUAGCACUUAAGACAGUUGAGUUGAAAGAACAAGAAGAUGCUCCACCAGAGCCUCCAUCUCAGAGGACUUCUAGCACGAUGGAACUGCAACUGCCAGACCUUGCUCUUGAAGAUAAAUCUGUCACUAAAUUCCACAUGACUAGGAAGAGAAAGAAACUCAGUGUCUCUGAAUUUGAGAGAGCAGCAGACAAGCGGCUUCCUCAGAACCAGGCUCAUUCAACACUGGACAGCACUUUGGGUCGAUCUUUUCGCAUGUCAGUGGGUUCUGUGAUGGCACCGGACACUGUUGAAAAAAGAGGCUUACUCCGAAGGCCGCAGAAUCGCAGAGUUAUUGACAUUGCUGCUUUUGAAGGGGGAGUGGAACAGAACAUGCUGCAGAUAAAAGCGCAAGACUAUCUUGUGGAUUUGCAAGCAUCAUCUGUGAUUGGAACAUCUACAAUAAGGACUGAUACAGAAGUUGUGCUGAAUAGUACAGAGCUCUUUGCUGAGCCUCAAUUUGAACGGAACCGUCCUGCUAUUGAACCACAGACACCAGAUUCAAAGACUUCAGCACAAAGAAGCAAUACUUCAUACCCUGCUCGCAGGGAAGCGAGGUUGGAGGGGCUGGUGUCUGGUGUGAGCACAGAUAAGGGAAAAACCCGGAGAUUUUCUGAAAAGGGCUUAAUAACUGAUCAUGAACAUGUUGAUGGGAUGACUCAGAAAACACCUGCAAAGCAGGGAGAAGAGGAGCAAGAUCACUCUCAGCAGAAUGACCCAAUGGAACAGUUCUCUGAGUUAGAAGAAAUGGCUGGCACUCCAGAGCACCAUGCAGAUGCUGAAUAUUCUGAACGUUCAGAGAAGAAGCUGUCAAGAAAAGCAGAAUCACAGCUAACGGCAACCCAGGAUGUUGGAGUCGAAAUGGAAAUGACCCCUUUAGAAGGAGGAGGAAUAGCAGAAGGCUCUGAGCACCAAGACUUGCCUGAAGCUGAGCUGGAGAUGGCUGGAAGCAUUGGAGCUGGAAGUCUUGGCAGGGAUUCUCCUGCUUCAUAUUCCCCUGAAAAAUCUGGGACAAAGCCAUUAAAAGAAGCUGUUGAGCAAACAGGUGAAAUAAAGCAUGGGACCAUCGCAGGAGAACUGGAUGCUGCUGAAGAAGAGUCUACUGCUGAUGAAAGUGAAAUAGAAGACCACGAGAAUGAAGAAACUUCCAUGCAGACACCCAUGUUUGUCCGUGCUGCAGCUAACAGACCACAACCUGUGCUGCCACCUCCACGUCCUGUGAAAUCUGCGGCUCCUGAGUUGCCCCCACAGCCAGUGCGGGCUAAGCCAGUUCCAAAGAGCUCAGGAGCAGCAAAGAGGAAAACACGUGAGCCUGAAAUAGCAAGAGGGCUGAUAAAGCAGAUAUUUAGCCACUAUGUGAAAAUGCCAGUGACCAGAGAUGCCUAUAAAAUUGUUGAAAAAUGUUCUGAGAGAUACUUCAAGCAGGUUAGCAAUGAUCUGGAAGCUUACAGCCAGCAUGCAGGUAGGAAGACGGUGGAGAUGGCUGACGUGGAACUCCUCAUGAGAAGGCAAGGGCUGGUGACAGACAAGAUGCCAUUGCACGUGCUGGUGGAGCGUCAUCUCCCUCUGGAGUACAGGAAGCUGCUGAUUCCCAUUGCUAAUGUUCCUAAUAGGCACUUGUGCUGAUACUCUUCAUGCAGACCCUUUGCUUCUGGCCAAAUUAGAGCCCUUCUGCAAUGUGCUUCAGUGCUAAGGUAAGAAAUGGUGAAAGAAGUGCUGCACAGCAAGUGUGUGAGGGAGUAAUGAGGAAAAUGUGGGAGAAACAAUCCUGCAGACCCCAAGGUCAGUGUGGAAGGAGGGUGGGAGAUGCUCCAGGAACAGAGUAGAAGUUUCCUACAGCCCAGGAGAGGUUGAUGGUGGAGCACGAUGCCACUGGGCAGCGUGGGGAGGAAGGAGCAGCAGAGGAGCAAAGUGUUAGGGGCUGAUGGCGGCCUGUGUUCCCCACCUUCCUGCACUAUAUGGAGCAGGAAAAAAGUAGAAGAGUUUGGGAAUGAAGGAGUGAAUUAGAGCUUUGGAAGAAGAAGAGAACAGGGAGAAAGCUAUCUUUAGUUUUGUAUCUGUCUCGCCGUUUCUUUGUAUCUUCUCAAGUAAUUGCCAGUAAUUUAAUCUUCCCCAAGUUUAGGCUGCUUUGCCCCUGAUGGUAAGUUGUUCGGUCCCUCCCAUUGUUUCUUAAAUGUGUAAAGGGCUGCACUUCUGCAGGUAUUUCCUGAUGCCAACCAUGGUGCCAAAUAAACCUCUUGUGUCCUUCA